UCAUUGCUUCCACGCAUCGUGUCGUAUGUCACCGCGCUGGAGCGUGGUGAUCCAGAUGCUCGAACUGCGCUAUUACAGACCUUUCCUGUACAGGAGUCUGAGUAUACGCAGCCGGACGAUUGUCUCGAAGAAGCCAAUCCCUACGGUUUCCACCACGACAAAGUUCAGCACACUUUCGUUGGCGCGUAUCGAGCUGAAUCUGCUGAUGAGCUCUUCNGCAACGACUACGAUCCCCCGCUAGGACAGUUGGUUAUCCGCAUGCCUACAAACCGGCAUGUUGUCCCCAUACAGAGGUUUGUCGAGCUAGUCUUGGCCAAGAUCACUGCCCAAGCCCACAUCCUUGAGCAAGACCACCCAAUCAUUUCCCGACGCCUUCUCAAACUGCGAUCUUUCUUAACGUCCGAUAUAGACCUACUCAGCGACGAGGAUAAAGUCGGUCACAAGUCACCCGAUGUCUACAUUGGCUAUUCAGACCGAGUUUAUCCGCAGGUCGUCUUCGAGGUCGCGUACAACCAGGAUCGUAGAGCGCUA